CAGAGCAGACACGCAGCUGUGAGAGCAGCACACACGACAGUCACCUGUGGAGCAGCCGAACUCUGGUUUAAACUAGAUUCUUCUUUAUUUUGGUUUGUUUUAAAUCAACGCUUCACUUGUUUUUCGUCAGACUUUGAGUCUUGAAGAUGACGGACACACUUUUACCGAACGGAAUCCAAGACGGUGGAGGAGACGGCAGCUACUUCAGAAAGGGUUGUAACCCAUUUGCCCAGAGUGGCCGAAGCAAACUGCAGAACAAGCGAGCCAGUCUGAACCAGCAGAUCAUCAAAGAGAUGAGGAUGAGGGCCGGAGCUGAGAACCUGCUGAAGGCCUCGUCUAACAACAAGGUUAAAGAGAUGGUUAUGUUGGAGUUGAGCUAUGUGAACGCCAACCUGCAACUGCUGACGGGACAGCUGGAAGCACUGAACAGCUCAGUGGAGGUCUACCAGAACACCCAGGAAACUGCUAACAUCCCGCUCAUUGCUCUGGGUCUGAAGGAGACAAAAGAAGUGGACUUCUCUACUCUGUUCAAGGACUUUAUCUUGGAGCACUACAGUGAAGAUGGCAACAGUUUUAAUGAUGAGAUUGCCGACCUGAUGGACCUGCGACAGGCUUGCCGAACGCCCACUCGAAGUGACGCCGGAGUGGAGCUGUUAGCAAAAUACUACAGUCAUCUUCCUCUGAUAGAGACCAGAUUCUUCUCCCCUAAUCACCAGGCUGGCAUCUUCUUCACCUGGUACGACUCUUUCACUGGAGUGCCAGUGUGCCAACAGAACCUGUCCCUGGAGAAGGCCAGCGUGCUUUUCAACAUGGCUGCCCUCUACUCUCAGAUUGGCACUCGUAGUGAUCGGCAGACAAUUGUCGGUCUGGAGGAGGCCAUCUCUUCUUUUCAGAAAGCUGCAGGGACCCUACACCACCUGAAGGAGACGUUCACACACACCCCCAGCUACGACAUGAGUCCAGCCAUGCUCAGUAUGCUGAUUCGGAUGAUGCUGGCUCAGGCUCAGGAGUGCCUGUUUGAAAAGACUGCAUUGCCAGGGAUCCGCAACCAGUUCUACUCCCUGAUGAAGAUGGCUCAGGAGGCUGCAAAGGUCUCGGAAACCUACGACCAAGUCCAUCAGUCCAUGAUCCAGACGCCAAUCAAAGACAAUGUCCCGUUCUUCUGGUCCACCAUGUCACAAGUCAAAACCAACCACUACCGCUCCAUGGCGCACUUCUUUGUAGGCUCAGCUCUGCUCGACCACCAGUUGGGUCCCAGUGAUGAUGAGGACCAGCAGGAAAAGACCUUGUCUCAGGUGUAUGAUCGCCUUCCUGAGGGAUGCUCUCCUCUGGACAUCCUGAAGGACAGAGAAGAACGAAACAGAAUUGGUAAAGCACACAUCCGACGGGCCAUCCUGGGUCAUGAGGAGGCACUGAGGAUUUACGGUUUGUGCCACCACCUGAACAAGCUGGAGAUCCUGGAGGAAAUUUUAAAAGCCAGCCACCAGCGCACACUCAACAAGUACAGUGAAAAUGAGAAUCAGGAAGAAUUCACUGACUACAUGGAGGCACCGGACAUAAUCUCUAAAACAGAGCACAAAGCAGAGCUGGAAGUUCCCGCAACCACAAAGGUGAAAGUCACCGACUUUUUCCAGAGGCUGGGUCCCUUGUCAGUCUUCUCAGCCAAGCAGCGGUGGACUGCUCCACGGACAAUACAACUUCAUCCUGAAGACAGAGACCUGGGAUUCACCCUGAAAGGAGACUCACCAGUGCAGGUGGUUUCGUUGGACCCCCUCUGCCCAGCUGCUGCUGACGGGCUCAAAGAAGGUGACUUUAUUAUUGCUGUGGGCGACACUGACUGCAAAUGGUUUAGUGUGAGCGAAGUGAUGCGGCUACUGAAGGACGUGGAUGAAGAGGGGAUUGACAUACAGGUGGUCAGCUUGAUGGACACCAAUCCUCAAAUGCCUACCAAGAGUGCCACCUUCUCUGGGAACCUGCCCAAGACCUACUCCAUGAUUUGUCUGGCCUAUGACGAUGACGACAAAAACUCCAAGUCCCGCAAAGUAUCCAAGAAGUCAUCCUUCCUCAACUGGGGCCUGAAGAACAAACUAAAGAGUGCCAGCACCCUCAGCCUUCCCACAGCUGACUCUGGCUCCCUACCAUGGAAUAAACACUGCCCCACCUUCCCCAGCUCCAGCUCCUACAACAAUGACAGUGCUCUGUACUGAACCUGCUGCAGACUCUGUCCUGUCUGCCGGCAUUGUGCAGUAUGCAUAUUGAGCCUAGCAUGGCUGCAUACAGUACUGUGCUGUACUCAAACUGGACCUACCAUGGCACAGUGUCAGUGCCGUUUGGUGUAUCCACUGGAAUACUGAGCAGUAGUGUACGUAGCUUCUAUAACAGCAAUGUGACAUCACUGCCAGCUGCCUUGGAAAGUGGCUAUAUAUGUGGCUGCAUAUGGGUGCCUAUGUGAGUACACGGGUGCCGUCCCAACUCCGUUCAGUAUCUGAAGUGAAAUCACUCUCCACCAGGCCAGUCUGUGUACAGCACAGUACAACUGCACUAUGGGAAAAACAAGCCAACUAUCAUCCCAGGAUACAUACAGCACACAUAAUAGAGACAUGUGGCACUUGGACAGCGUCCUAAGUUCUGUCAUCUCAGUAUGAUUUCUUAACAAAAAAAAAAUGUCCAGAUGAAAAGAAGAACAAAAACAAACCUAUAGCAUCGCUCUCUGCAUGACUGCAGGGGGUGAUUAUUUUUUUAUUCCAUUGUGUGCUGAUGUAGCUGUGAUGCACUGUGUAGUUCUAUCCUGUUUGUAUCCUCGGUACAUGUUUCAUACUGUAUUUGCUAACGAUUUGGUCAUUGCCGCUCCGUUUGUGGCGAUCAAUGGAUGCUGAUCAGUUUUGGGGAUUGAGAGACAUGUCGCAUUUUCUAGAUCUUAUCUUGUUGCAGUACUGUAUUGUACAGCAAUGAUUGAGGGAAAACAAAUAUUGUGCUGAUGUGUUUUGCAAUAUUCUAUUAGCUGCUAAAUUGUAUAUAUUUAUAUAUAUAUCUAUAUCUAUGUGUGUGUGUGUGUGUGUGUGUGUAUAUAUAUACAUAUGUAUGGAUAUAUAUAUAUAUAUAUAUCUACAUACAUAUAUAUAUAUAUAUAUAUAUAUAUAUAUAUAUAUACAUACGUAUAUAUAGAUAUAUAUACACCAUGGUUCUGUUAUGUUAUUGUCACUUUUUAUUUUUGAGACAGCCUUUGAGGAUUGUUAUUUCUGUUGCCUGUUGGAACUCUUAACUAAAUGGACAUGUUGGUAUUUUAGUUUUGCUUAAUAUACCAGUUAUGCCACCGACUAAACUGACUAAAUGCGUCUGUUAAGCCAGUUAGUACCAUUGACUGUACCACUCUGACUUAUCAUAAUCUCUUCUGGCCACACCCAUCGGUGCUGAGGCUGUCUGGCAGUUUGUCCAAGAAGAAGAAGAAGAAGAGCAUAAGCUGUGUGUCUUUUGGUAAUGUGAAUGUUCAUGUAGUUAGAAGUAAUUUCUUCUCCAGAAGGGAUAGAAUGUGGGCAGACUGAUGACAUUCCUGCAUUGAACUUAAGACAGCCGGUCACCCAGCAGUGACUUGGAUCAAAGCCCGCUGUCAAUUCAAAACUGACACUGUGCAGUGUUGGACUUUCUGUUUAUCUACAAAGUAGAUUCUUACACACAUUUGAUAAUCAAAUUAUUUAUGUAAUUAAAAAGAAAAUUCAUACGGAAAUAUGUAUUUACUUGUAAGUUGUAGGUGUCAGUACUAGAUUGUGAAUGGUCAAGUUGUGAAAAUUUGCACGUUGGAUUUUCUGAUGGGCUUCUUUAAGGAAUGUAUUUAACUAGCAUCGCUUAGUCCUUUUGGUGAGGUUAUAUUCUUAAACGUUGUGUCUUUGUAAAGAUAUUUUAAAUGUUUUUUUAAGAGUAACACUGAGAAAAUGUAACAAUCUUUACUGUUUACUUUACAUGGUGUCUUAAGAGCCAUUUAUAUGAAGUCGUGAAGGAAAGUGUUAAACCAGAAUGUGCAGUCAUUGAUUCAUUAGUAUGUGCCAACUAAAUGUGCUUACAGAGGCAGAUAAACUAUACUUUGCAUUCAUUUAACAGUGCAUACUGAUCCUAAAUGCCUUGGUGUGUAUGGUGUCAGGUUGGAUUCAGGUUGCCUUUGCUUCUUUACCUGUCCACUGUGCUGCAUAUGUGGUAAAAAUACUUUGUUGGUAAGUCUUUGUGUCCAAAAUGUGUAAAAUCUUAUGUCAAUAAAAUGGGGACAAAACCA